CUAGUAAUAUAAAAUACAUACAGCCAUCUGGAAAUAAAGAACAAAUACAAUAUCUUAUGUGUGUUGACAACUUAAGAAUAACCUAGAUCAACGCGCCUAUUUAUUAAUAGAGUGCUAUAGUAUACUGGUUGUCAUGGGCAGUAUUGAAAAGGCAUGCAUAUCAGGGUUUCUUUGCCGACUAUGUUCCGAAAUGCACAGAACUGUAAUUCAUAUAUAUAGUGACCAUGGGCAACGUUUAUGUCUUGUUGAAAAAAUUAACGGAUACCUUCCAAUAACUAUUUCUCCGACUGAUCCGUUGCCAAAAACCAUAUGUAGAACAUGUUUACAUCGUGUAGAGCAACAUUAUUCUCUUUUAAUGCGGCUUACACGUAUGCGAGAGGAGAGAAAAAUUUUUGACUAUAAACCACGCAGAGAAAUGGCAAAUUCAUCAAUAUCCAGCGUGGAAUGCUCUGAUGAGGAGGAUAACAUAGCAGAAACCGUAGGCAAUACAAAUGGACGAGAUGGAAAACACACCUCCGAGUCCAUUAAAUCGAGAGAUACGGUUAUAACUCAUCGAAAUAAUAAUGAAACCCACGAUGAGAGUGGGUCUGGAUCAAGGAUUAGAGACGGAAAAGGUUCUGGAAGCCGUGGGACAAGGCACACAACUCCAGCACUAACGUAAAAUUAUGACUGUCUGACUAGUCAAUGGUUUAAAUAUUAUUAUAUGUAUAUAAACAUAUUAAUAUAUAUAAACAAAUAUGUAAACAUUUUGAAAGUAUAAUUGCGUAAAAUAGGCAUUUUAUUUAUAGAUUUGCAAGUUUGUAGCCAUUAAAGAAAAUCGAUAAACAUAUAUUUAUUUCAAACAAUUUAAAACCAAAAAAAAAGGCUGGAUAGCUUGUGCUGUCCACAAGAUUUGCUUCUGCACGUACAGAUCGAUCAUUCAUAUAAUAGCUAAAUCAUAACAGCGGUAGACAUUUUAACUUACAUCUCGAGAAUUUUGAACUAACUAGACUCAAAAAUAGUAUUGCAAAAUUAUAUCGAUACAAAAUAAGCUGAAACUUGUAAAGAUGGUUGGAUUAUCUUAAGUAAUGAAUUAGUUUUUUCUCAUUGUCCGUUCCCCAAGUUAUGUGGAACUUCCAAGCCUAUUUAUAUAUAACUUAUUUUAUUGAAAAUUGAUGACACUAAAGAGUUCAGAUCUAAAAAUACAAUACAACAUUUUUUUAAAAAUUUUAAAGUUGAAGAAACUGUAACCUUCAACUUUGGAUCGCCUGUAGAUAAAAAUUAAGUCCUAUGAAAAGUCGUACAAUUCUCUUUCCAAUUCAUCAAUUUUUGUCGAUGCAGAUGCCGAGUAAAAAUUAUGACAUUCGACACAACGCACACUGGGCAAAAAAGUUAAUCUAGCGGUAUAAAAGUCAAACUAAGGAAUUUAUCGACAAAAUUUAUUAUAAAUUAUUUUGUUAUUUUUUAUAUUAAAAAGUAAAAAAAAUAUAAUUUUUA